UCUCAUUCCACCAUUCUUUUCAUUGUUCAGGCAUUAGUACCUUUCGGAUUCAGAUUAUUCUUCAGGACACUCUCAUUCCUCUUGUCUCUGGUAUCUUUCCUUCCGUUACUCUCCUGAUCAGCCGAUUUAUUGAAAGCGGACUGCCUAGCGCCGUUUUAGUAGAUUGCGUCAAUUGAAGUAGAUUUUGAAACCCUGCGACAUUGCAAUUGCCCACGAGGUCUGGUGCCGCGGUUCUUGUCAUUCUGAAUCUAGAAGUAGGGCCACGGAAUCACAUCAGGAACAUUCAAUGAUUGCGUGCAGCUAGAUUAUUGACGAAUAGCACUGCGGAACACCCAGGCCAGACCUAGCUUGUCACACCCGAUCGCCCAGAAUGAGCAUUCGCACAACGAGUCGGUUGUUGUCUAAGGUGGUGUUGUUCGGAGGAGCGGGUGCAGCCGCUGCUCUCGCGGCGUACAUCCACUCCACCGGUCAUGCCGACCCUCCCAAAAACCUUCCCAAGCUUUCCGACGAGGUGCCUUCGAGGAAGGUUCAGAUGUCAGCUCUCGCUGGCAGCAGCUCUGCGCGGCCAUUCGACAUCCUCGUUAUAGGAGGCGGCGCUACUGGUGCCGGCGUGGCGUUAGACGCUGCUACACGCGGUCUCCACGUGGCGAUGGUGGAGCGAGACGACUUCAGCUGUGGAACAUCCUCUAGAAGCACCAAGCUCAUUCACGGCGGCGUUCGGUACCUCGAGAAGGCCUUUUCUUCGCAGGGAUCUCGCGCAGCUGCGCCUCGUGAACGAAGCCCUGGCGGAACGAGGCACUCUCAUCCGCAACGCCCCGCACCUGGUCUGGCCGUUGCCCACGCUCACGCCGUGCUACCACUGGUGGGAGGUGCCCUACUACUGGGCCGGGCUUAAAGCGUAUGAUCUUAUAGCGGGGAAGAAGGUGCUGUACAUGUCCCGGGUGGUGACUGCAGCAGAGGCAUCCGGGAUGGUUCCGACUCUUUCACACAAGACACGAGAUGGUCGCACACUGAAAGCGGAGUGCUGUACUACGACGGGCAAAUGGACGACGCUCGCCUCAACCUCGCUCUCGCCACCACGGCAGCACGUGCAGGCGCGGUUGUGCUGAACCAUGCUAGUGUGUCCGGGUUAAAGACGGAUCCGAUUGGGAGAGUGGAAGGAGCAGUGGUGACGGACGAGCUGACGGGGAAGAAGGUGGAUGUGCGGGCGAAAGUGGUGGUGAACGCAACUGGGGCAUACUGCGACAGCAUUCGCCGUAUGGCCGACCCCAACACCCCGCUAGCAGUCCUCGCUUCCUCCGGCUCCCACGUCGUUCUCCCCGACUUCUACCUGGGAGCCGCCUCUGGGAGCACCUCAGGCGCUGGGGCAGGCACAGCCAGUGGCAGCGGCGGCGGCGGUGGAAACGUGGGUCUGCUUAUACCGAAGACUGCAGAUGGAAGGGUGAUGUUCAUGCUGCCAUGGUUGGGGCGGGUGGUGGCUGGAACGACUGACUCGCCUUCAGAUGUGGUGGAUGUGCCGGUGCCGACAGAAAAGGAGGUUCAGUUUAUCGUCGACACGCUCAGCAACUACUUGGAUGUGGAGGUUCGCAAGGACGAUGUUCUGUCAGUCUGGGGCGGGCUCCGCCCUCUCCUGCGGAAAGGGCUCAAAUCAAAGACACCCACACAAGAGGAGGGUAAACCCGAGGGAGGCGAGGCUGCAGCAGGAAAGGCGGAAGCAGUUAAGACAGAGGGGGGGCAGCAGACGGAAGGGACCAAGGCAGAUACAUCGAAUGUGGUCCGUGAACAUACAGUGAUGGUGGAAGGGGCACGCUGGUUACAGUCACUGGCGGCAAGUGGACCACUUACAGGAGCAUGGCAGAGGACACAGUCAACACAGCCAUUCGGGUUGGCAACCUCACAGCACCGAUUACCACCAACCCAUCCACACCCUCAGCCUCUACAAGCAGCAGCAGCACCCUCGCCCUGCCCCCAGCGUCACAGAGCACCUGCCCCUUACAGGCGCAGCUGGCUUUUCCCCCGCCCUCUUCUCCCAGCUCGCCCAGAACGCCAAUGUGCUGCGGGUGGCUCCUGAUCGUCGGAUCCUCCCGUACCGGCUAGAUUCUGCGGUGGUGUACCACCUGGUGCGGUCUUAUGGGUCAAAUGCGAGCAAAGUGAAGGAGAUUGCGACUACUGAGCUUCUGGCAGAGCGCCUCGCCCCAGGGUUCCCAGACAUCGAGGCUGAAGUGGUCUUUGCUGCGAGGAACGAGUUCUGUGAAACUGCUGCAGAUUUCCUGUGCCGUCGAUCACGCAUCGCCUUCCUUGAUGCCGAUGCUGCCAUUCAUGCCUUGCCACGUGUCAUCAAGCUAUUGGCCAAGGAGCAUGGAUGGGACAGCAAGAGGGAGAAGCAAGAGCUUGAAGCUGGGGCGAAGAGUGUGAAUCAGUUUCGAGCGAUGUCCCUAGCACCAUCAGCUCAAUGAAGGCGCACAUUGCAUUGUGGGAUACUGUGUAGUUUGCAUGGGCAGUAUGAUUUAUGUUGGUAGGUACAUGCAUUGUCGGAGCAAUACGAUUGUACAGAUGACCAUGUGAUAACUGUAUACCCGUGGACUUGGCUUGGCAUUGUUUUAUUUGCU